CUGGGACAUGUAGGGAGAGAAACUGUAGCCUGCGGCUCACCUCACCUCUUCACUCCUCCACCUGAUGCAAACGUGUGCACGGUGGUUUGCCACCACCAGGACUGCCAGGACCUGAACAGCAAGAGCCCCCUUCAUCUGUGUGAGUCAUGUGACUCCCGCUUCCACUCGGAGAACACAGACAACAUGCACUUUGACCGACACCCGCGAUUUGACUUGCAACCUCAAGCCUCCAUCCUGGCUCGGAACGUGUCCACGCGCUCCUGUCCCCCACGCACCAGCCCCCCCUCCGACCUGGAGGAAGAGGACGAGGGGACCAACGACCGCGGGGAGCGUAAAACCGGGGGGCUGAAGCUGGUGAAGAAGAAGCCGCGGAGACGCCACACAGACGACCCCAGUAAGGAGUGCUUCAGCCUCAAGUUUGAUCUCAACGUGGACAUAACCACAGAAAUUGUACCUGCGAUGAAAAAGAAAACGCUGAGAGAGGUUCUGGGACCAGUGUUUGAGAGGAACGGCAUCGAGCUGUCCCGGGUCGACCUCUUCCUGGAUCAGUCCAACACGCCUCUGUCCCUCAACUUCGAGGCGUACCGCUUCGGAGGACACUACCUCAAGGUCAAAGCGCGGCCAGGCGAUGAGCUGAAGGUGGAGCAGGGUGUAAAGGACAUGAGGUCUCUCAGCCUGCCCAACAUGAAGCCCUCGGGGGGUCAGGGCCCCUACAUCCUCACCCCGGGCAGCGAGCGGGUGGAGCACGGAUCCCUGGGACGCAAGGAGACCAUAGAUCUGCUG